AUGACCAAUGGCCUGGGCCACUAUGGAUACAACCUGGGACAGAGGGCUUUUGUAUUGGAAACAAUACAAAAUAGUAUAUUGCCAGGGAGUCAUGAUGAAAAGCAUAUUUCAUGCGUAAAUUUCCCUCAUUCAUGUAUAUGUACCAUAAGCUCACUAACUCAAAAUUACCCUCUAUACUUAAACAUUUACAGAUACUUGGACCGUUCCUACUGGGAACAGCAGUCGCAACAAAAGCAAACUUUUCAACAAAAGCAGGACCAGGGAGUGAGUGAUUUGGGUAGCACUCUGUCACCCACACAACCAUCAGCACCCAUUAACGCUGCCAAGUCCUCACUCUCUCCAACCAAACUUUCUCAAGUCAAGAUGACAGAAAAUUACCAGAAUGGAGAGACAGAGGAAGUGGAUGAGUUUGUGACAACCCUCCGCACGCAGUUAGAAAUAUUUGUGAAUCGCAUGAAGAGCAAUCAGUGUCGAGGACGUCCCAUUGCUAAUGAUUCAUCUGUUCAAACUCUGUUCAUGAACAUCACAGCAAUGCAUGCUCAACUCUUGAAAUACAUUCAUCAACAAGAUGACAAGAGAGUAAACUGUGAACGUCUUCAAGACAAAAUUUCACAGGUGAGGGACGCCCGAGCUGCACUUGAAGCCCUGAGGGAAGAACAUCGUGAACGGGUGAGACGAGAGAAGGAGGAACAAGAGCGCUUGAGGCAAGUUCAGAUGAUGCAGAAGCUAGAAAUCAUGAGGAAGAAGAAGCAGGAAUAUUUAGAGUAUCAGCGGCAACUUGCACUUCAUCGAAUGGCAGAGAGUGAAAGGGAGAUGUUCAACAAGGGAUCUGUGAUGGGACCACCCCCCACCUCCAUGUACCCAAUGGGUUACCCUGCAUACCCUGGUGUGGCUGGGCCCAUGCCGAGCCAGCCACCAUUACCAGGGCACAUGUAUCAAGGUCAACCUGAGUCAGGACCUCCCCAGGGAGGUGUACCACAAGGCGGAAUGCCUCAGACUGGAGUCCCGCCAGGUGGUGUACCACAAGGUGGAGCUCCACCAAACUCUAUGUCAUAUCCUGGAGGACCAGGACAAGGCCAAUACCAGCAUCCUCCUCCGGGUGGCCACCCAGGUCCAGUGAUGGGAGGGGGUCAGGCUGGGCCUCCACCUGUGACUCAGCCAGGAUACCAACAACCGCCACAUGAAUUCUCCCCGUAUAACAUGCAGGGAAUGGCAAACAGUCUGCCAAAUAUUAGUGGUGGAAUGCCAGGCUACCCUCCCCAGCAGCAACCUGGGCCAGGCAUGGCUCCUCCGCAGAUUGGCGGUCAGCAUCCCAUUGCUGGGCCCGGACAGCAGCCGCAGGGCGUGAUGCCCAUGCAAGGUGAUAUGAGUGGAGGAGCACCACAGAUUCCCCCGCAGACCCAGCCACCCCCAACAACACAGGAGCAGCAGGCUGAGCUCAUCUCAUUUGACUGAGAGAGGACGGAGUCUUUUAAUGCUAGAAGAGGAGAUGAUGGAACUUAGUCAGCUUUUUCCAGCUUCUUUUCUCUGAGGUCUUUGUCACACAUUCUUAUACACAUCAGUGGAAGAGAUUUCCCUUUAUUAGGAAAGUAAAUAUACUUCAUUUUGAUGUUAGUAAUUAAAAAGGAAACAAAAAUAAACUGGUCUUACUGAAAUCAUAAGCAUUCUGUUAAAUUCCUGAAAUAUUUGGCCUGGUGACCAGUUGCAAUUAUUUUUGGUUUUCAUUCAGUUCUUUUUGUUUGUUUCAUUUUGUGUUAUUAUUAUUUUUUAUUAAUAGUCAUUCAUGAUUAUAAUUCUAUUAAGUCUCUGAAAUAAUAACUGGGAAGUGAAUAUUCUUCAACUUAGAAUUAUUUACAUGCACAGUGCUGCUAAAAACUCUUGCCCCUCCUAGUUGCACAUUGUUUUGAAGUAUAACAGAAAACUGCAAACUUUGCUCGACUAGCUAGUAGUUUAGGUGCAGUUGUCUAGUCUCCAAAGGAAUUUACACUCUUGCUGUUAGUGAUUUGCACCAAAGAUAUUACCUUAUUCAUUAUUGCUUAGUUAUUUUGACAACUGAUUGAUAUAUAGUUUACUCUGAAAAAAAUGUAUUUGUCUAUCAGCAUUUGGCAGCUCUUGAUAUUUAUUAACUCUGUAUGAGCAUUCAAUCAAAUAAUAAUGCAGAUUUUUUGUGUUAAUUUCCCCCCUUUUUUUUACUAUUUUCACAAAGUAAUAUACUCCAGUAAAAUUAAGCCAAGAUCCUUUCCUCAUGUUAAUGUUUUCUUGCGUUCUGUCUGAAAUAUAAAGCCAAAUAACUAGUAUAUUUUUAGCAAAGCUCUUGAUAUCAAAAUUAUCAUAACUUCCUGCCAAGUGUUUUAGAAACUCCCAUCACAUCCCAGAAAUGAUUAAUAAAUGUAAAUGGUGAAUUGCUGACCAUAAAUUCAGUAAGAGUUUUUACCAGCACUGUAUUCAUGAUUUGAGUUCCUGUAUAUAUAGAGUAAUGGCUUAAAUAAUUUGAAUAAAUAAUUAAUAUAAAUGACAUUUGCCAGUGAUUUAUCCUGUGUUAGUAUUGAAAUAUAGAAAUUUUAUAUAUCCUAUGUAUGUUAUUGUUUUUAUAUUCUUUGCAAAUAUUACAGACUUAUGUAUCAGUUAAUGUUGAUGUGUUAUACCAAUAUUGCUACUCAAGGUAUAUACACAAGCAGUUUCAGUCAACGCAGGUAAAAUGUUUACAAAGCCUUAUAUAGCUUUUUGAUAAUCUGAUUGUUCAGUUAUCCUUCGGCAACCUUAUAUGUUAUUAAGAUUUAACUUUUUACUCAUGCUCUAAUAUAUGUGAGUUUCAUCACCCUUGAUAUGUACAUACAGUGGAUACUGUAUAGUUACAGUGGAUACUUUAUGCUACAAGAUUUCUUUGAAAUAAAAGUCUGAAAAGAUU